AUGGCGCAAGACAUCGACAUGACGACGCCUGAGGACAAGGGAAAGGGCAAGGCUUCCGAUGCCCCUAACGAUGAAAAGCCCGUACUCAAUGGCAAGAAAGAAGAAGACAAGGCUGACGCUGGCGAGGAACUCAGUGAAGAGGACCAGCAACUAAAGAGUGAUCUGGAAAUGCUUGUUGAGCGACUGACCGAGCCCGACACCUCUCUGUACAAAACCGCACUCGAGACUAUGAAGACCACCAUCAAGACCUCCACUUCCUCCAUGACCGCAGUCCCCAAGCCUCUCAAGUUUCUCCGUCCGCACUACGAAACCCUUACCAAGCUCUAUGAGGAGUGGCCGGCAGGUGAUGACAAGACAUCAUUGGCUGACGUCCUGUCGGUGAUCGGCAUGACAUUUUCAGAUGAGGAUAGGCAAGACACCCUCAAGUACCGCCUCCUCGCUCCCACAUCAGACAUUGGCUCAUGGGGUCACGAAUAUGUGAGGCAUCUGGCUCUCGAGAUUGGUGAGGUUUAUGGCAAGCGAUUUGCCGGCGAGGAGGAUACCGAUGACCUUGUUGAUCUCGCACUCUCACUGGUGCCUCUUUUCCUCAAGAGCAACGCGGAGGCUGAUGCGGUCGAUCUAAUGAGCGAACUUGAGAUCAUUGACCGGAUCCCCGAGUUCCUAGACAAGGAUACCUAUCCCCGGGUCUGUCUCUACAUGGUCAGCAUGGUCAACUUGUUGCCGUAUCCCGAGAACGAACUCUUCCUAAAGACGGCGCACAAAAUCUAUACCCAGUACAAUCAGUUCACCCAGGCCAUGGCGAUCGCUAUCCGCCUGAACGAUGUCGAGCUCAUCAAAGCCGGCUUCAGCCGGUGCAAGGACCCAGCCGUGGAGAAGCAGCUCGCUUUUAUGAUUGGCCGCCAACGGAUAGCCUUGGAUGUUGAUGCCAACACGGCGGACGAGCCGGACCUCCUCGAGUGCUCCUCCAACAUUAAGUUGUCCGAGCACUUCAAGGCCCUGGGCAAGGAGCUCAACAUUCUUGAGCCCAAGACGACGGAAGACAUCUACAAGAGCCACCUCGAAAGCAGCAGGGUCGCGGGCAUGACCAACCUCGAUUCUGUCCGGCACAACCUCGCCGCAGCCUUUGUCAACGCGUUCGCCAACGCGGGCUUCGGCAACGACAAGAUGAUGUUGGUGGAUGAGGACAAGGAGAGCUGGGUGUGGAAGACCAAGAGCGAUGGACAGGUAUCGACAGUCGCAUCAAUGGGCAUGCUGCUCUUAUGGGACAUUGAGAAUGGGCUGGAUCGCAUCGACAAGUACACGUAUGCGCCCGAGCCGGAGAUCGCGGCAGGUGCCAUGUUGGCUAUCGGCAUCAUGAACUCUGGCGUGCGUAUAGACUCGGAACCCGCCUUCGCCCUCCUAGGCGAUCCCGAAAAGCUUAAUCACAAGGAUCCCAUCAUGCGAACAGCUUGCAUCAUGGGUCUCGGUCUCUCGUAUGCCGGCUCCAACAAGGACGACGUGCUCGAGCUCCUUCUCCCCAUCAUCCAGGACUCGUCGCAGUCGAUGCAAAUCUCGGCCAUGGCGGCGCUCGCGUGCGGGUUGGUAUUUGUAGGUUCGUCGCACCCCGACGUGACGGAGGCCAUCAUCACCACGCUCCUCGACGACGACCGCAAGAGCCAGCUUACGGACAAGUGGUCGCGCUUCCUCGCCCUCGGACUCGGACUCCUUUUCUUUGGGCGUCAGGAGGAGGUAGAUGUCAUCCUAGAGACCCUCAAGGCCGUCGAUCACCCGGUAGCGCGGCCGACGGCCGUGAUGGCUGAAAUUUGCGCCUGGGCGGGCACCGGGGCGGUGCUCAAGAUCCAGGAGCUCCUACACAUUUGCAACGAAGAGAUGAAGGACUCGGAAGACCGCAAAGGCGAGGAGCUUCUCCAGGCGUACGCGGUUCUCGGCAUCGCCUUGGUGGCUAUGGGCGAGGACGUAGGGCAAGAGAUGGUACUCCGGCAAUUUGGACACCUUAUGCACUACGGGGCGCCCAACAUUCGGCGCGCGGUGCCGCUGGCGAUGGGAUUAGUCAGCCCAAGCAACCCGCAGAUGAAGGUUUACGACACGCUAUCCCGGUACAGCCACGACAAUGACAGGGACGUUGCGGUGAAUGCCAUCUUUGCGAUGGGUCUUCUCGGAGCGGGCACGAAUAACGCUAGGUUGGCACAGCUCCUCCGUCAGCUGGCGGGCUUCUACGCGCGGGAUCAGGAGGCACUCUUCAUGGUGCGCAUCGCGCAGGGCCUGCUGCACAUGGGCAAGGGCACGCUCUCGAUCAACCCUUUCCACACGGACAGGCAGAUCCUAUCGCGAGUGGCGACAGCGGGUCUCUUGGCGGUUCUGGUGGCGAUGAUUGACGCGUCCAAGUUCAUCACGCUCGAUUCACACUACUUGCUCUACUUUAUCCCGCUCAAGGUCAACGUCCGCGUCGGUCAGGCGGUUGACGUUGUCGGCCAAGCGGGCCGGCCCAAGACGAUUACCGGGUGGCAGACGCAGAGCACGCCGGUGGUGCUAGGCUACGGUGAGAGGGCAGAGCUAGAAGACGAAGAGUACAUUACGCUUAACGGCACGCUUGAGGGCCUCGUCAUCUUGAAGAAGAACCCUGAGUGGGAAGGUGGAAAAUAA